AUGAUUCAGUUAAGCCGAAGAGUUCGCUCAAUGCUUUCCUUGGGUCUCAACUGUCUUGCCCUCUGCUUUUCUGUGUCAGCUUUCAGCACCAGCUAUUGGUGUGAAGGGACCCACAAAGUGGUGAAAUCACCUUGCCUUUCAGUGGUCAAGAAGGGGAACUGUGUGCCCAUCAACAGCAACGAGACUAUGGAUGGGAAUGUGACCGUGAACCCCCACACAGUCCAGUACAUCUGGGAAACGGGUGAAGACAAGUAUGCUUUUCAGUAUUUCCACACGGGUUUCUGGCUGUCAUGUGAAGAACAUCAUGGAGAGGAGAAGUGUCGGAGUUUCAUUGAGCUGCCUCCAGAGUCAGAAAAAGGGGUGCUGUGGCUCUCCGUUGCUUCAGAAUUUCUUUAUAUCAUCCUGUUGAGUAUUGGAUUCUUGCUGAUGUGUUUAGAUGCUGUCUACUAUGCCAACUUCAUUGAUGGUCUCAAGAUCAAUGCUUUUGCAGCUGUGAUUACUGUUCUGUCAGGUCUCCUGGGCAUGGUGGCCCACAUGAUGUACAUGACUGUCUUUCAGGUGGCUGUAAAUCUGGGGCCAAAAGAUUGGAGGCCCCAGACGUGGUAUUACGGGUGGUCCUUUGGCUUGGCUUGGCUCUCUUUCACUCUCUGCAUGUCAGCCUCUGUGCUGACCCUCAACACUUACACCAAGACUAUUCUGGAGUUCAAGUACCGUCAGCAGAUUUUUGAGAAACACACAGCAUCAACGGGGAGCGUCCGAGGUCCCAGCUCACCAGCGCUGGCCCCUGACCUGGAGCGUUUUCUAUGGGAUAAAUAUAUCUUCAGUGUCAGUGACUCCCUAGACUUCUCCCCAAGCCCACCAGGGCCCUUAGCUCCCAGUGGGGGCCGAAAGGACUAUAUGGGAGGAUAUGCUGGCCUCACAGGGACUCACAAUGAAGGUGCCAGAGAUGAAGAUGAUGGGGAAGCCUGCUGA